CUAACACCUACCACCAAAAUUUUUAUUUAUUACUCAUUUUUUUUAACACAACCCAUUAUUAAUAUCAAAUACCAAAUAUUCAAAUUCAUGAUUCCUGUUAUAAGUGUCCAAAUUUCCUCUACAUCUUUCACUACUAUAGCAUCUAAUUCUUUAUUUUUUUCUUAUUUUACUUUUUAUUAAUCAUAUUUUUUUUGAAAGAAUUUUAUUAAUCAUAUCUUAAUAGUAUAUUCUCUUCAAUACUUUAUGCUUUUCCUAAAAAGAAAUAAAACAAUAAAAAAAAAUUAUUUGAUUUUUAUUAAAACAUCUACUUAUACACUUUUCGCUUCAAAUUAUCUCCCUCCUCACCUAAAACCUAAUUUCGCCGCUAACUUUCCGCCAUUGACAACCCUCUUCAAACCUUCAUCAAUGGCAUCUUCAAUGGCCAUCCAUAUUCGUUAUCCACAUGCUAAUCAACUUCGAUUCCAUCCUCUUUCACCCAAUCGAUUUACUAUAUCCAAUUCAGUUUCUUUCCCUUCAAUUCAAAAUCUCGAUUUGAAAUUAAAUUCCACUUUUAAUCACAAUCUUAAGCUUUGCUUCUCCUCCAAUGGUGGUGGUGGCGCUGGAUACAUUGGUGGAAACAGUGGCGGGGGAGGAGGUAGCGAUGGCGAAGAUUCAUCAUCAAAUUCCGAUAAAAACGAUGGGAAUUCAUCGUUGUGGGAGAAUCUAGGGUUAAUCGGAAUAUUUAUCAAAGGAUGGAAAUCUAGGGUUUCAGCGGAUCCACAAUUUCCGUUCAAAGUGUUGAUGGAAGAAUUAGUUGGAGUUACAUCAUGUGUAAUCGGUGAUAUGGCAUCAAGACCUAAUUUCGGAUUAAACGAACUCGAUUUUGUUUUCUCUACCUUAGUUGUUGGAUCUAUUCUCAAUUUUGUUCUUAUGUAUCUUUUAGCGCCAACUGCAUCCAUGGCUUCCACUUCACUUCCUUCCAUUUUUGCGGGUUGCCCGCAAGGCCAUAUGUUUGAACCCGGAUCAUUCGGGCUUAUGGCUCGUUGUGGAACGUUUGUCUACAAAGGAGCAUUAUUUGCUGCUGUUGGACUUGCUGCUGGAUUGGUUGGUACUGCUAUCUCAAACGGGCUGAUUAGCAUGAGGAAGAAAAUGGAUCCGGGUUUUGAAACUCCCAAUAAACCACCUCCGACAUUGUUGAAUGCUGUAACUUGGGCUACUCAUAUGGGUUUGAGUAGUAAUUUAAGGUACCAAACUUUGAAUGGGAUUGAAUAUUUUCUUGCUAAAGCCACAUCACCAAUGGUGUUUAAGUCAUCAGUGGUGGUAUUAAGGUGUUUGAAUAAUGUUCUUGGUGGAAUGACUUUUGUGAUGUUGGCUCGAUUUACGGGUUCUCAGAGUGUUGAACCCGAGAAGGCGGUGGAGACAGAGGCGGAGACGGAGGUGGUUGUUAGAAUGGAGGAUGAGAAGGAGAAGUUGGUUAAUCAGUCGACUUGAAAUGAAGGUUAUUUUACUAUUAUUCAUCAUACCGUGAGACGAUCUCAUACAAGAUAUGCUAAGGAUUUGGUUCUUAGUACGUGUAUGAUUAUGAAUUGAAGGGGAGUUUUGGUUGGUUUUGUAGGUAGAUUGUGCGUUAGAAUAAAAUAAAACAAAUGAAUAAUAACGUACCCUAGUGGCUUGUUGUGGUUGUGGGACUACCCUCGCUCUACGUGGAAGCUUUAUGUUGACUCUACGAGGAUGCUUUAUGUAGUGGGUUAUUACGAGGAUGCUUUGUGUAGCGGGCUAUUUUCGCAGCGGAUUGUCCGUUACUCUCGUACGCUCGCUCUAUGAGGAUGCUUUUUUGUAAGGCCAUCACUCUUUUUCUACGAGGAUGCUUUGUGCAGCGGACUAACUUUUUAUUGUACUAAUGGCUAGUAGUACAAUUUUAAUGAAGUUUUGUCUUUAUGUAGAGGACUUUUGAUUAAAGUACCUACAAGGAUGUUUACCCUUGUAAUUUUCAAUUUUGUUAUGUUUGUGACACCAUGGUGCUCAAUUGCUCAUCAAACUCCAAUAUUGGUAACUUUUAGUUGUAUAGUUGGGGUAAAAUAAUUCAUAAUUGUUUUGGUUUAUAUAGGUCGAUUUAUCAUUA